GGACUGUUCCAUGUGAGGUCAGAUUGGGUUGUGGUGCCGUACCUGUUCUUGAUGCAGUGUUGAGAGUUGGGCCUGCGAUCCCGCCCUCUGGGAGGCUGUCCGCUCGCUGCUGGAGGAGGAGGAACCUUGCUGUUCUGGAAGAUGGCGGCGCCUGACGGUUGGAACGCCGUGCACAUUCCACGGCCGGGCUCGUGCUGUAGCGUGGCCGCGCCGCCUGCGUGCCGUUGGCCACACACAGAUGGAUACGUACAAGAUCUUGCAGCAGCCUGUGAAAAUACCUUAAAAGCGCUAAGAAGUAAACUUUUUACAAUAGAACUUGAUAUCCUGGGUUCUCUGUUGUAUGUUUUCCAUAACCGAUUACGUCAGCACAAACCUUACCUUGCAUUGAAACAGGUUGAACAAUGUGUGAAGCGUUUGCACAAUAUGCAGCUUGAAGGUACAAUUCAAGAUCUGAUCAAGUUGUGUCCAAGAAUGCCUGAGAUGCAAAAUACUAAGACAAAAUAUAUCCCCAGCCAACCAGUCCUCGAGUGGAUGUCGUUGAAAGUGCUAGGGGGCUGUAAGUUGAUGCUGCGUCUGAUGGAAAUGUGCUCCAAAGCAUUUCUUUUGACUAUUCAAUAUCUUCGUUGUAAAGAAUUUAUAGUCCUGAAUGUGGUAGUUACAGGAUUGCUCAGCAGACUGUGGGUCCUGUUUAGAAGUAUUUUCUUAAGCCUUGAACUUGUAUAUGAUAAACUAUUCUUGUUACUGAAUGAGGUAACUAAAAUUCAAGAUAUGUCCUAUGUGAAGGAGUUUUCUUUCCCUGUUAGUAUCAGGCAAUGGCUUGGUCUUUCCUACUGCAAAUUCACACAAAUGAAGCUGCCAAGUCUUUCAUCUCAGAUGGGUGGAAUGCCUUCAGAUAAUUGUGGCUUACUUGAUAAAUUAUUCUCUGAGACUGAACCUUUAUUAUUGGAGGAUGAUCAUCCUCCAAUGUCAAAAGGAAAUAAAACGACUGAUACCGUCACCUGUAAAACAGAUCAGAUUCUAGAUUUUGGACUGCCUGAGCAAGAUCAUCAUGAAAUUGAAACUGGAAUUCCAUUGGGAUUUGAAAUUAAGUCUCUGAAAGUUCAAGCCAGUGACAAUUCUGAGAAGUUUCUAAGGGACUUUAAGUGCAGAAAAUUGCAGAAAACUAAGCAAUUAUUUCCUUUGGAUGAGUUUGUGAGGAGGAUUGGUGCAACACAGACUUUCAGUGCAUUGUGUCGGGAGCUCCAGACAAUAUUCCACUGGUUUCGACACCAGAAACUGAAACUUGAAUCCUGCUAUUUAGGAAAUCAGUUUUUUCGAUGUCGCAGACUUAGAAUGGUGGAAUCUCAUGGGUACAGUUUUCCAAAGAAGAUCUAUUUGAUCAAACUGUCCGUCUGCAGAUAUCUCAUUAAAAUGUCUCAAGGAAAAUUGCACAAAGGUAAAAUAUUUAAAUAUUGGAAAAACUCAGUGACCCAUCUCGACAACAGUAAGAUGAGAUGGUCAAAACUGUACAGGAGAAAGAGUUCGCUUAAGAAACGGAAGGAAGAAACAAAAGAAGAAAGCAAAACGACAUUUAAAACAAUUCCACAUUUUGCAUUUGAUACACAGACUGCCAUAAAGAAACAGUGUGUUACUGGAGAUUUGCACACUAAACUUGGAAACGGUGAAUGGAAUCAGAAUUUCAAAACACUUGCACUCCCUUUGGGUUCUUUGAGAGGAGGAAGUUCUGCAAUUGUGCCACAUAUGGAUGAUGAUAUUGAUGCCAUUUUUGCAUCAAUUGGUAUAUAGUUUUUCCUUUUGAAAUUUAAAAAUUGCUGCAAGUGCAAGAUUUGACAUUGUAAGGUAACUGGAAGCAAACUAAAUGUGUAUUUCUCUUUUUCAUAGUUUUGGAAAUAGAAUGCUUAAUACUUAUGUUGCAUUUUUGACUCUUUAAUUUGAAGAACUUUACCAGAAAGCUGAUUUUAAUAAACGGAGGGAGCAAAGACGUGACUCUUGGGUGAGGUUGCACAAACAGCCUUUAUCCCCUUCAGGUUUUCAGCUUUGCAUUUAUCACCUGAAGUUUUGCAGAUACUGUUAUAAGUUUUACUCAUCUGUUACAUUUUCAAAAGUUGGGUGUUAUCCCUGAAAACACCACCUCUCCUGAUUUUAAAAUCUAAUUUAGUUUAAAAUUCAGCUUCAGUUUCCAAAAUCACCUUUUUUAUGAUUGUUGUAUUCUUAUUGAUUAUGUUUGCAAGAAUGUUGCCAUUUUUUCAUUGCUAUUAUCAAAAUAGUAUUCUGGCACACAGUGUAUCAUAACUCAGCUCUUCCAUGCACAGUCAACUCCAAUUUAAAUUGAUUUUAUUACUUUGCAGUAUUACAUUUUUGUAACGUCAUGAGGCUGAGUAACAAAAAGCAGGAUUGUAAUCAUAUCUCCUAGGUAAAUGUUCAGUUUCAAAGUGUACAAACUGUUUUGACAUCGUUAAAAUUAACCUUGACAACAUAGUUUUGUUUCAGUACUGGUCUAAAGUUAGAUAAGUGCCUUGUACUUCCUUCAUGUCAGAAGUGGGGAGCUUACAUUUUCUUGCUACAUGCUGUCAAAUCAGUAGCUGUUUGCCUCAAAGCACUUUUAUUUCCUUCAUCAUUUGGUCCAACAUGCAGAAAUUACAGUGCAAGAAAUGAUCAUGUAAUGGCAUUAUAGGGCAUUGUUUUCAUAAUUUAUCAAAUUUUUGCAUAUUUAUUAUAAGUUUUCAUAUCUGUGUGUGAUUUUUGAAAAUACAUAUAAAAAGUAGCAGGCAGUUAGAAUCACCUGCUGCUAUCUGGUAAAGUAUUGCCGACGAGACUGCAUUUGUCUUCAUAACUAUAAUGAAUGAUUCUCGAACAUGUUUUUUGGCAGUGUCCUGCAGAAUCAUAUCUAGUGUCUUAAAACACAUGGGCACACGCACGUGCACACACACACGCACAGAUAUCUGUACAGGUGGCAGACACUAUUCUUCACUGGUCUUUUCCCUAUCAUCUGCUUUUCUUUCUGUUUCAAGCUCACUCUCAGUUUUAUUUGAUUGACUUUUUUCUGACUCUUACGCUGUUAUACUAAUGCUCUGAAAAUAAUGGAAGUGCUCAGACAUGACUGGGAAUGGCAAUAGUUUAGGAAUUAGGACCCUUUUGCUGCAUUGAAUUGUUUGGGUCACACCACAGUUUGAGAACUACUGCUUUUG